AUGGAACAGUCAAAUUCCGAUGAGGAUGAUGAUGACGAUGAAGAGAAUGAUGGUUUAUUAACAACAACAAAUAACACGUUUUCCGAUAUAACAAUAUUUGAUAGAAUUAAAGCGGAUUUUGAACAAUUUGAACAAACGGAUUUCAAAGUAAAUAACGUCUCAAGAUAAAUAACGUUGAUAUAUAUAUGUGCAUAAGGCUGCUCUCUAAAAGAACGGCUGCAGACAGAACCUUUUAAGGGUUAUUCCCUUGGGUCUCACAUCGAACUAUCCCAAAGGUUCUGUACAAUAAACGGUUCAGUUUGGAAUCUCCAUAUUUCCUCGGAAAAUAAAUUCCGUCUCACCAAUAAUGUUCAAUAUUAAGUAUUUUGUAAAUAUAUAUAGUACAUUUGACGGAGUGCAAAUUAAGCCGUCAACUGUUUGCUUUAGCUACUUACAACGGGUAAACUGUAUGCGCGACGUUGGAAACAAACGACAGAUACAGUAGAACCUCUGUAUAGUGGACACCUUCUGGACUUCCCAAAAGUGUCCACUAUACAGAGGUGUCCACUUUAGAGAGGUUAAGUCUUUUUUCAAGUUUUGUGAUGCAAUAUAGCCUUUUGAAUGCGUGCAGUACUAUGAAUAAUAUAAUGAAAUUUACUAUACUUUUACCGAUCUACCGUUCAUUAUUUUAUUUUGAUUAUCCUUGAUUAAAGUAAUUUUUUCCUCUAAAGUUAAUGCUUUUCGCUGAGACAUUAUGCUCUUUUUUUCUUUCUCGAGAGUUAGAAAUAAGACAAAUGAAGCAAAUUGGGCAAAUAGGAUAAACGAGACAAAUGAAACAAUAUCACCAUUGUUUUCUUUUCUCCUUUUCAUCAAGUAUUCAUCAAGACGGACAAUUCUUUUUCUGUCUUUUAUGUGUCAUUAAAGCAUAUCAAAGAUAUAGUGUCUGUUUGAUCCUAUUCAUCAUAGAACAUUUUAUUAAUUUAAAUCAAUGAAGUAUUCUUGUUUCGUCGACAACUCACUCUCACACCGCCCCUCCCGCCUCUGAUGUUCUCUGAUCUAUAUUCUGUGAAGUGGCCGAUUUGUCGACGAAACGAGAAUACCCCAAAUCAAUGUCCACUACAGAGAGGUAUUUGGUAUGAAAGGGACUGAAAAAAAGUGUCCACUAUGGGAGGUGUCCACUAAAGAGAGUGUCCACUAUGUAGCGGUUUAAAUCCAGCAAAAAAUGCUGCGUCGGACCUCAAGGUGUCCACUAUAAGGAGGUGUCCACUAUAGAGGAGUGUCCACUAAGGGAGGUUUUACUGUAAUAUUUUACCCAAGAGUCAGGAAAGAGCUGAAAUGAUAAGCACGUCACAAUAAGUUAUCUAUUGUUUUUUAGUAGAAGAUGACAAACUAAUUAAAAUAUGAAAAAAAAACAGUCAAUCCGUCCUAAAGCGAAUGCAAAUGGCAUUUUUCGAUAAUUUCUUUUUCAGUGAAAUGUUAGUUAAUCAUUUCCUGAAACUUUGUCAGAUAUAUCACCAUUAGUCGUCGAUUCUUCCUACCUUUGAUGUUUAGAGAGAGAUAUGUUUUACGACUUUUUCUGUUAUCAGAGCAUUCCAGUCAAAAUUAAUUAGUUACCUAGAAUUUGAUUCAUCUUUUUCGAUCUGAUAAAGUAUCAAAUAAGGUACCGGGGUGUGAAAAGUUUUUUGGUAAUUGAGUUCUCCAUAUAAUCAAUUUAAAUGUACCAGCGUUUAAAUCGGUUACUCAGUUAUUAGUUCACUCUCUUCAUUAUUUCUCAACAAUAUGCAGUGAAAUUAUUCGAAGUUUACUAUAGCAUUAAAGUUUUCUUUUUAUAAACACCAUAUACUAUGUUUGAAGUGUAGUGUUCUUUAUAAAAUCAAUUGUGCUCAUGGCCGAAAUAGAAAGAAAAUCAUAAAUUCGAGACCUUGAGCUCGAGAUGGUUUUAGACUUUUAACCUGAUAUUUAACUCGCCGGCGAGUUUAUAGUCCGGUGCUAUGCAUUGUACUAAUUUACACAUAGACGGUCUUCUACCCUUUGGUAUAUAGAUAUAUCAUAUAACAAUCAGCCAUGAACUAACAUCAUCUAUAUGUAGAACCUGCGUCUUCGUCUAAAUAGUUUCGCUUGUACUGCCAGGCCAAAAGUAACACGGACUUAAUGGUUCGGUUAAAACAAGAUGACAUUGAACCAUUUUAAAUCGACAGAUCUCUUUUCUCUGAAAUGUCGAAUGGUUUUCAUUCAAAAUGCAUCAGCCACCUUCAUAGAACUUUGCAGGUUCUAUCGCACUUCGAUCGAACUAUGAAAAGGAUCCAUCUACAGGACUGAACCCAUCAAGAUUCUUUCAUUGUUAGAGAGUACAGCCUGUUGGUUGCUAUCAUAAAAGAAUGUUUUGUGACAUAGUGUCAAGAGUAAUGCAAAGUAACACUACCGAUUGAAAAAUCUUUCUUUUUUCUGUACAUUUAUGAAGUAUUUUUCGAUUCAGACAACUAUGUAAAUACAUUGUGACUAAUUCUUUCUAACUCUUGUGAAAGGUUAAUGCUCAGCCGCUAUGGCUGAAUGGUUAUGUUGUUUGGCACAUACUUCAAAGAGAUCGUGUUCUGGCCUCGGCGCCACCAAGUUAUAGAAUAACCUUGGGCAAGUUAAUAAUGGCUAUUGUCUCGGAUCACCCGUCCGAUAGCAUGCUCACUACGUUGUGACAUACACCGGUACUUCGGUGCUAGUAUGCGGUUAGUGAGUGUGUAUGGGGAGCUCACGCAAUUGGGCGAACUCUGUGUCAGGCUGGUCUUCUGUCCAGAGCUACAGUUUGCUUGGUGACCGUCUCUGACGAUCAUCACCUGUAGGGAAGAUAUCGGGCUUAUCGAAACUGCUUCGGCACCACGCUACACCGCAAGGUAGCCCCAAGGCGGGGUAUUCUUCCUUCCUUCCUAAUGCUCAGUAAAUAACUGUCUUAAACACAUAAGACAAGAAGCUUAAAUUCCAUUCUGUAGAACAAAUUUCUGCGGAAAACACACAAGUCCACUAGGAGCUCUAUGGGUCAUUCCACCGACUUUCAUAGUGCCUGGAGUGUGACGAAGUGAGCGGAGUAUUCCGAAUGCGGACUCUGCUCUUUCCCUCUUGAGAUUGCCUCGACACUACACCACGGCCUUGUCUUCGAAAGAUCUCAUACAAGUCGGCAGGAAACACUUUGAAAUUCUGAAAAACACUCUAUUCUGUCUCUACAAUCUGGCUGUGGAUGUGUCUGAAGGCGUGAUUAAACGAUGGAUGCUUCUGAGCCAAGAACUUCUUAGAGUGCUUCACAAUUCUGGUAUGUUCUGUCGCUUUUCUAGAUCAGAGGUGUAAUUGUUGAACUAAACGAGCUCGUCGAGACAAUAUGCAAAGAUCAGACGAAACGAGAGAAAACAGAUGAUUCGAUCUCAAUCAGCAUUUACGAUAGAACACACACAAAUCUCAAAUCAGACAACAGCUCAUUUAUGUGGUUUCAGCUGUUUAUCGAAGUUCUACUCCGAAUGAAACAUUCACAAACAUCGAAAGAUGAACUAGUUCAAAUCUGCCACGAACACUAUCGAGGCAAUGAUGCAGACCUUAAGAUUAUUCGUGAAUUUCAUAAAACAUACAAACCGUCUGAUGCUCUACGAUGGUACACUCGAGACUGUUUUCUCUACAAGAUGCUGAACAAAGCGCUUCGAGUUCAGAACAUCGACAUUCUCUUCGCGCUUCGAUUUCUAAUCGUCG